AUGAGCUCCUGUUCGCAUAUUGAUCAAGUGCUUUCUAAUGAAAGUUUGAAAGAAGGGUUUUUGAAAGCAUUUAAUGCGACAAAAUACAUUAUACAACACUCACCUGCUAAGAAUAAAUACUUGAAUGUGAUGAAAUGUGCUGAUUGUCAUCAAAUUAAUGAGGGUACUAACUUUAUGUGUUUGCAAUGUGGCUACUGUGGAUGCUGGAAUAAUUCACAUUUUCGUGAACAUAAUUUAAAAGUUGAUCAUGUAUUUGGUGUAAACUCGACAAAUGGGCUACUAUACUGUUUUAAAUGUGACGAUUAUAUAGGUGAUAGUGAAUUGAUCAAUGCCUCUAUUAUUGGUAAAUAUUGGGAUGAUGUGUCUUCCAAGUCUUGUAUUCCAUUAAUGUCAAAAAGAGAUGGAUUAAGUGGAUUGGUAAAUAUGGGUUCAACCUGUUAUGUCAGUUGUAUCAUACAAUGUUUGGUUAGAAAUCCUUAUUUUUUGAAAUAUUCAUUGAAUCAAUCUCAUUUUAAAAUUUGUAAGACUCAUGACCCAACUACUUGUAUUUCAUGUGCAUUAGAUAGCAUUGUUACAGAUUUCUAUGGUAUAUCAGACCUAGAUGAUGACGUGAAAAAGACAAAUAAUGAUGGUUUAAUCGAUUUGUUGACUUGUUCAUGGAAAAUAAAUCAAAAUUUAGCAGGUUAUUCACAACAAGAUGCACAUGAGUUUUGGCAAUUCUUAUUGAACAGAUUGCACAGUGAGUACAAAUCAAAUAUUGGUCCUACUGACACUGCUCCAUUGAAAGAAGGAAACCAUGAACUAUGUAACUGUAUUUACCAUAAGGUAUUCCAGGGUUUUUUGAAAAGUUCUAUAGUGUGUCCAGAAUGUAAUAGUGACGCUAAGACAACCAUUGAACCGUUUAUGGAUUUGUCAUUGGAUAUAAAAGGUAAAAAUACACUAUAUGAAUGUCUAAACAGUUUCCAUAAAAAGGAGCAAUUACAUGACUUCGAUUACCAUUGUAAGAACUGUAACACUUCACAAGAUCCUACAAAGCAACUGGCAGUGGCCAAACUGUCGCCAGUAUUAUUGUUUCAAUUCAAACGUUUUGAGCAUUUACUAAGUGGUAGCAGUAUUAAAUUAAACGAUGUUAUAGAAUUUCCACUCUAUUUGAACAUGAAGGACUACUGUGAUGUGGAACAGAGAGAUGACAGCAACUCAAAGCCGGAUUUAAUAUAUGAACUAAUAGGUAUUAUAUGCCAUACAGGUACCGUUAAUGAAGGGCACUACACAGCAAUUUGUAAAAUACCAGAAGGACAAUGGAUAAAAUUUAACGAUUCAAUGGUUACAAUAAUAUCUGAGGAAACAAUGUUAAAGGAACAAGCAUACCUAUUGAUAUACACUAUAAAAAAUAUCAACUGA